AUGAAUCUACGAGCAAGUGUGUUAACGACCGUGUUGGUCGUAAUUGCUACUGCUGCCGUCCACGCAUCACCUGUAGGCGACUGUCCGCCAGUAGAUCCAGUGGAUCACACAGACCAUCUACCAGACAGCCAAAACUGUUCACUUUUCUACAAAUGUGAUCACGCAGCACCUGUACUGUUUGUAUGUCCUGAUGGGUUGCACUUCAACCCUACACUGGAAGUCUGUGACUGGCCAGAUAAUGCAGGUUGCACAGGUGGAUCAGCACCAACCUCAGCUCCCAGCUCCACAGCAGCUCCUACAAGCGCUGCCACUACAGCUGCUCCAACAUCAGCUCCAAGCUCCACAGCUAAACCUGCUCCAUCAGGAGACUGCCCAGCUGUCGGCACAUGCCCACAAAAUGAAGAUGAGAAUUCUAUUGCCAAACACCUUCCUCAUGCCUCAAACUGCAGUCAGUUCUGCAAAUGUGACCAUGGGAAACCCGUGACAUUCGACUGUCCUGCUGGACUUCACUUCAAUCCAACUCUGGAGGUAUGUGACUGGCCAGAAAAUGCAGGUUGUGCAGCUCCAAGCACGACAGCUAAGCCUGUUCCAUCAGGAGACUGCCCAGCUGUUGGCACAUGUCCACAAAAUGAAGAUGAGAACUCUAUUGCUAAGCAUCUUCCGCAUGCCUCAAACUGCAGUCAGUUCUGCAAAUGUGACCAUGGGAAACCAGUAACUUUCGACUGUCCUGCUGGACUUCACUUCAACCCUACUCUGGAGGUAUGUGACUGGCCAGAAAAUGCAGGUUGUGCAGCACCAAGCUCCACAGCUAAACCUGCUCCAUCAGGAGACUGCCCAGCUGUCGGCACAUGCCCACAAAAUGAAGAUGAGAAUUCUAUUGCCAAACACCUUCCUCAUGCCUCAAACUGCAGUCAGUUCUGCAAAUGUGACCAUGGGAAACCCGUGACAUUCGACUGUCCUGCUGGACUUCACUUCAAUCCUACUCUGGAGGUAUGUGACUGGCCAGAAAAUGCAGGUUGUGCAGCUCCAAGCACGACAGCUAAGCCUGCUCCAUCAGGAGACUGCCCAGCUGUUGGCACAUGUCCACAAAAUGAAGAUGAGAACUCUAUUGCUAAGCAUCUUCCGCAUGCCUCAAACUGCAGUCAGUUCUGCAAAUGUGACCAUGGGAAACCAGUAACUUUCGACUGUCCUGCUGGACUUCACUUCAACCCUACUCUGGAGGUAUGUGACUGGCCAGAAAAUGCAGGUUGUGCAGCUCCAAGCACGACAGCUAAGCCUGCUCCAUCAGGAGACUGCCCAGCUGUUGGCACAUGUCCACAAAAUGAAGAUGAGAACUCUAUUGCUAAGCAUCUUCCGCAUGCCUCAAACUGCAGUCAGUUCUGCAAAUGUGACCAUGGGAAACCAGUAACUUUCGACUGUCCUGCUGGACUUCACUUCAACCCUACUCUGGAGGUAUGUGACUGGCCAGAAAAUGCAGGUUGCGCAGCACCAAGCUCCACAGCUAAACCUGCUCCAUCAGGAGAUUGCCCAGCUGUCGGCACAUGCCCACAAAAUGAAGAUGAGAAUUCUAUUGCUAAGCACCUUCCCCAUGCUUCAAACUGCAGUCAGUUCUGCAAAUGUGACCAUGGGAAACCCGUGACAUUCGACUGUCCUGCUGGACUUCAUUUCAACCCUACUCUGGAGGUGUGUGAUUGGCCAGAAAAUGCAGGUUGUGCAGGUGGAUCAGCAUCAACAUCAGCUCCCAGUUCCACAGCUGCUCCUACAAGUGCUGCCACUACAACUGCUCCCACAAGUGCUGCCACUACACCUGCUCCAACAGCUGCACCAAGUUCAACUGCCAAACCAACAGUGGCUCCCUCAGGAGACUGCCCAGCUGUUGGCUCCUGCCCACAAAAUGAAGAUGAGAACUCUAUUGCUAAGCAUCUUCCCCAUGCAUCCGACUGCACCAAGUUCUGCAAAUGUGACCAUGGGACACCUGUCACAUUCGACUGUCCUGCUGGACUUCACUUCAACCCUACUCUGGAAGUGUGUGACUGGCCAUACCGUGCUGGAUGUGCAAGUAAAUCUGGAUCAACUGCAGCCUCUAGCUCAUCUACAGCUUGA